CCUAAGCACCACUUGCUUCUGCAGCGGCGGCCGACGCCCGCGGGUUGGAGCGACUCGGCUCCGCGCAGGCGCCCUGGGAGGAGCCGCCGGGACCGCGGUCGCUCGGCUCUCUGCUUCUCCUGUCUGCGCGUGGGCGCUGGAGCGCCGGCAGCGGCCGCGGGGCAUGCCGGGCAGCAGGCGCUAGGCUCGCGGCUGCUGCUGCCUGCCGGUUGCUAGGAAGCGCGGACGCAGGCCCCGGGGAGGCCGGGCGCUCUUGCAGAAGGUCCCGGGGCCUGCGAGGAGCCAUGGAGCCUGCAAAGAGAAGAACCAAAGAUGAUACUUGGAAAGCAGAUGACCUCAGAAGACAACUUUGGGCAAUACAGUUAGGUGGUUCCAAGGAAGAAAAGAAACACAAGGAAAAGAAGCCGCACCGAGAGUCGGAAACGGACCUCCCUGAGCACAAGGAGCCCAAGUACAGGGACCCUGAGCGAGACGCCAAGUACAGAGAAAGGAUGGCAGAGAGCGACGCUCACGCCUCGAAGGAGAAUCCUCGCGGGGAGAGGGACAGGGAGAGACCGAGGGAGAAGAAGAGGGACACCAGAGAGCGGGACAAAGAGAGGCCCAAGGAGAAGUACCGAGAACAGGAGGCAGAGAAGUCUCACAGCCGAGCAAAGGACCGAGAGAAGGAGAAGGACAGGAGGCCGAGGAAGGAGGAGCUCCGGCACACAGCUGCACACCACAACCUCCUGGGCCGGGAGGCACGCGAGCGCCCGCUCCCGGAGAGAGCCGAGAAGAAGGUCCGCUCAGUGAGUAAAGCAAGAAUUGAAGAGAAAGAGAGGAGAGAGGAAGACUACGAAGGAGGAGAUGACGAUAGAGAGCGAAGAUACCGAGAAAGAAAGCUGCAGUAUGGUGACGGCAAAGACAACCCUCUGCAGUACUGGCUCUACAGAGAAGAAGGUGAAAGAAGGCACAAAAGGUCAAGAGAUCCGGACAGAGAAAAGAAGCACCGGGAGAAGAGCAGCGUGCGGGACAGAAGGGACAAGUAUUCAAAGGAAAAAAGUAACUCCUACCCCGAGAAGGAGGAAGAAAGACACAAAGAACGGAGACACAGAGACAGCUCUCACGUGGAUGACGAGCGGCACCGAGCUCAUGCAGAGAAGAAGGAGAGGUCGUUGAAGGACGGGCACACGAGGAGGGACCCUAAGGAAGUUGAAAAGGAAGACAUUGAUUUAGAACAUCCUGAAGCUGAGGAGUAUACACCCAGUUUUGAAGGUGAUUUUGAAGAUUACGAAGAUGACUUUGAAGUUUGUGAUGGAGACGAUGACAGUAACAAUGAGGCAGAAUCAAAAGAAAAUAUGGAAGAACUUCCUCCAGCCCAAAAAAAGGAAAUCCAAGAAAUUCAAAAAGCCAUCCAUGCAGAAAAUGAAAGGAUUGGAGAAUUAUCUUUGAAACUGUCUCAGAAGCAAGGGCAGAUGGAUUCUAACAGGGAGUCCCGGGCAGGGAAUAAUUCUCCUUCCAAAGCCGCUGUUUGUGGAAUUUUUGUGGAUUUUGCGACAGCCUCACACCGUCAGAAAAGUAGGACUCAGGCCCUGAAGCAAAAAACACGGAGUACAAAGCUGCUUCGGCUUAUUGACUUAGAUUUUUCCUUCACUUUCUCUCUCUUGGAUCUACCACCAGUAAAUGAAUAUGACAUGUAUAUCAGAAACUUUGGGAAAAAAAAUACCAAGCAGGCGUAUGUUCAGUAUAAUGAAGAUAAUAUUGACAGAGAUAUUCAAACUGAAGAAAUAGAGACCAAGGAUGUAUGGACCCAGCAUCCAGGGGAGAGCGCUGUUGUGUCUGGAGGUAGUGAAGAAAGAGACACUGCUGAUGCUACAGUCAUACCAAAGGUCGAUACUCCCAGGCUAUCCCGUUUCCUGCGGUCAGCUUGCCAGGUGAUUGCUAUUUUGCUGGAAGAGGAUCAUUUGGCAGCUGCACCUAGCCAGAAUCUCAGGGCUCAGGAGCACACCCUGCAUUUCAGUGACAGCUCCUCUCAGCUGAAUACUCACCUGCCAUUCCUUCAGUAUCGAAAAGUAUCCUGCCUGCUUGCCUCUCGAGUUCAGAGGCAGACCGUAGUCUCUGUCCAUGAUUUACCUGACAAGGCAGUCGUGCAGCCACUGGAUGGAAGAUAUGUCCUCUGCGUGUGGGAUAUUUGGCAGCCUUCAGGGCCCCAGAAGGUUCUGAUAUGUGAGUCCAAGGUCACGUGCUGCUGCUUCAGCCCUGUGAAGGCGUUCUUGCUGUUUGCCGGCACGGCGCACGGCUCCGUUGUGGUAUGGGAUUUAAGAGAAGACUCCAGGCUACAUCAUUAUGUGAAGCUGAGUGACUGCUUUUGGACAUUCAGGACACCAACAUUCUCCACGGACGGAAUCCUCACGUUAGUCAACCACCAAAGCCCUGUUCAAGCAGUGGAAGCCAUCUCCGCAUCUGCCUGCAAGAAAGCCAGCUCUGUGCUCUCGUCCUUCUCUGCUCAGGAAGAAAUAUUAGGUUUGUCCUUCCACAUUGCGUCCUUGGAUGAGAGCGGGGUGCUCAAUGUGUGGGUUGUGGUUGAAUUACCAAAGGCAGACAUCGCAGGUUCAAUAAGCGACUUAGGUCUGCUCCCUGGAGGGAGGAUAAAGCUGGUGCACAGUGCCGCCAUCCAGCUGGGCGCCAGUCUUUCCCAUAGAGGCAGUGACUUCUGGGGAACCACACAAACUUUGAAUAUUAAAUUCUUGCCUUCUGAUCCAAAUCACUUUAUUGUUGGCACAGACUUGGGUCUUGUAAGCCAUGGAACAAGACAAGAUUUGAAAGUAUCUCCCAAGUUGUUCAAAUCUCAGCAAAAUGGAAUAAGACCAGUAAAAGUUAAUGUGAUUGACUUUUCACCAUUUGGAGAACCAAUAUUCCUGGCUGGCUGCUCCGAUGGCAGCAUCAGGCUCCACCAGCUGACCUCCGAGCACCCCCUGGCGCAGUGGGACGGCAGCACCGAGGGCCGUGCUGUCACUGGCCUGCAGUGGUCCCCAACCAGGCCUGCCGUGUUCUUGGUCCAGGAUGAAGCGUCCAGGGUUUACAUCUGGGACCUCCUCGAGAGUGAUCUGGGUCCCGUGGCCAGGCAGUCCAUCUCCCCUGACAGGCUCGUGGCCAUGACCCUCGUGGGGGAGCCAGAGAAGAGCAGCAGCAGCUUCUUGGCCCUGGUGCUGGCCAGGGCCUCCGGCACCAUCGAUAUUCAGUACCUGAAGAGGCAGUGGACAAGCCCAGAGGAGGACGAGCCGGGCAGGCUGCGUCUGCUCCUGCAGGAAACCCUGUGGAAACGGGGAACGUUACAGACAUGACAGGCGUUUGACAGGACAUGCUGAUGUGAUGACCUGAAUCUGAAGAGACGGAAUUAUAAGGCGGAUAAUCUUA